GCACAUUGGUUUGAGCUUGAACUUGCCCCAGGUGUUCGGUGUUGAAAGCUUAAGCCUUAAGGAAAUAAGUUAAAUGAAUAUAACUACCUUAUUUCCCCCACCAUCUAUACCAAAGUGGAUUUUGUUUUCCAGUUAAAAGUGUCUCCUAAUUUAUAUUUAAGUUAAAAAUUAUAUAAACCUACUUUGCAUCGAUACAUGCAGACGGAAUUUCAGGAAAUGUAAUGUAACGUUAGCCUAAUUUAGUAUCUGCUUUACUCGGACCAAUUUUAUUAACGUCUACAUUUUCAAAACUCUUCUUUUACAUUUUGUUCUUGGUAUGCGGAUGUUUCGUGUUCCAAUCAACGGAGCAAAUGUCUUUUAUUUUAAAAUCUGUUAGCGUUUUUGAACUGCAGAUCUUAAGCUACAAUGGAUAGACAAGAGCCGCUUGAAACGAAGGGCGGCCGUGUCGUUUUAACCAAUCUUUCUGAGUUAGAUAUCAACAGGAAGAAGAAACUGGUCGUCAAAGGAAGCGCCAGAUUACUUACGGAAGAAUAGAAAUGGUGUCAACAAGUGAAGUGUUUUGUCUUUUGUUGGUCGCGAUCUUGUGGGGAGGCACAAACCCAUUCCUGAAAAAAGGCACAGAGGGCAUUGAAGGGGUUCAGAAAGACAAUAAACUCCUCCAGUUUCUGGCUGAGAUCAAAUUCUUGUUUCUCAAUAUCAAGUAUUUGGUCCCAUUCCUCUUGAACCAAAGUGGAUCAUUAGUGUUCUACUUCACUCUUGCUUCUACAGAUCUGUCUCUGGCUGUUCCCAUGGUGAACUCCCUCACAUUUCUGUUCACGUUAUUAAUGGGUAAAUUGCUUGGAGAAGAGUUUGGGGGAAAGAGAGCUGUGCUGGGUAUGUUACUCAUCAUGUCUGGAGUGACUGUGUGCGUGCUGAGUUCUGUCUCUGAGAUGGACAGCGCAGGAGCCCACAACACAAGUGACCACUACAUUCCACUGGACUAGGAGGUGAAGGAGGACUGUGGAUCUGCUCCAGCCAUGUGAUCACACCUCACACACACAAACAUAUUCAUCUGACACAAUAUCUGUGCUGCUCCAUUUUCAGUAUGUGCUGUGCAUUUGUGCUAAGAGGUGGUGAUGGAUGACUUUAUAUCUGUACUUGAACCAUGCUGGUGAAAUCCAAAUGUUUUGCACUUUAAUUGCUACUGUGGAAAGAGUAACUUUUAAGUGUGUGGAUUGUGGAACAUACAAAAUACUUGUAUAUAUUGUAUUAUUAACUGAUAUUUAUAUGGAUUCGUAUUAAUAAUGUGAAAGUGCCCAGUGUUUAAAUACUUUUAUUUUAAAUGUCUUUUACAUU